GGAGGAGCCGGGGGAGAGCCCGGGGCCGCGGCUGAGGCGGGACGGCGGCGGCGGGGGCCGCUGCCCCCGGAAGACCCCGCGGAGAUGCUGGCGGAGAACCUGGUGGAGGAGUUUGAGAUGAAGGAGGACGAGCCGUGGUACGACCACCAGGACCUCCAGCAAGAUCUCCAGCUUGCUGCUGAGCUCGGGAAGACACUGCUGGAUCGGAACACAGAGUUGGAGGAUUCGCUUCAGCAGAUGUACACAACCAAUCAGGAGCAGUUACAGGAAAUUGAGUAUCUGACCAAGCAGGUGGAGCUUCUACGGCAAAUGAAUGAGCAGCACGCAAAGGUGUAUGAGCAGUUAGAUGUCACAGCAAGGGAGCUGGAAGAAACUAAUCAAAAGCUGGUUGCUGACAGCAAGGCCUCACAGCAGAAGAUUCUGAGCUUGACGGAAACAAUCGAGUGCCUGCAAACCAACAUCGAUCACCUUCAGAGCCAAGUGGAGGAGCUGAAGUCGUCUGGCCAAGGGAGGAGGAGCCAGGGGAGAAGUGACCGGGAGAAGUCGGCGCCCAGCUUUGCCUGUCUGAAGGAGCUGUAUGACCUCCGCCAACACUUUGUGUACGACCACGUGUUUGCCGAGAAGAUCACUUCCUUGCAAAGCCAGCAGAGCCCUGAUGAAGAAGAAAACGAGCACUUGAAGAAGACGGUGGCCAUGUUGCAGGCACAGCUGAGCCUGGAGCGGCAGAGGCGGGUGACGGUGGAGGAGGAGUACGGGCUCGUGCUGAAAGAGAACAGUGAGCUGGAGCAGCAGCUGGGGGCCACGGACGCCUACCGGGCGCGGGCGCUGGAGCUGGAGGCCGAGGUGGCCGAGAUGCGGCAGAUGCUGCAGUCCGAGCAUCCUUUUGUGAACGGGAUUGAGAAGCUCGUGCCGGACUCCCUGUUUGUUCCUUUCCGAGAGGCGGGCCAGAGCCUGCUGGAGGAGAUGCUGCUGCCGGCGCCCGAGGCCCCGCGAAAGCCCCUGAAGCGCAGCAGCAGUGACACGGGCCUCAGCAGCUUGGCGGGGGGCGACCUCGUGAGGGGCCACGAGGAGACCUGCAUCAGGAGGGCCAAGGCGGUGAAGCAGAGGGGCAUCUCCCUCCUGCACGAGGUGGACACGCAGUACAGUGCCCUGAAGGUCAAAUACGAGGAGCUGCUGAAGAAGUGCCAGCAGGAACAGGACUCACUCCUGCACAAGGCUGUGCAGACCUCCAGGGCCCCAGCCAAGGACCUGACGGCAAUGGCUGCCCAGCCUGAGCCCGCUGCUGGCAGCUGGGAGCCAGCCUCUGUUCCACCAGAGCCCGUCGGCUCCCCCACCACCACCACGCCCCCGGAGUACAAGGCGCUGUUUAAGGAGAUCUUCAGUUGCAUCAAGAAAACUAAGCAGGAGAUCAAUGAACAGAGAACAAAAUACCGAUCUCUCUCCUCUUAUUCCUAAUUGAAGCUUCAGCCGUGCUGCUGACUUGCCCGUUUCCUCUCGCCUCUCUCUCCUGGACAAGUGUUUGUAGACACCGAAGCCUGAUAUUGCUCUUGACGUUUGUCUCGCUGCUUUGCUUAUUUGGCAAAUGCACAGCACGAGGAAAGGAGGCAGCUGCUUGCCAUCAGUCCUGCGACGCAGGUCCCUUUAAGUGCCCCCAGGAAAUCCCGAGACAAACUGGCCUCUGGCUGGCGCACUAACUAACUGCAGUUCUUAGAAAAGUCCCUGAACCAGUGGGGGGAGAUGUGAGCUCCUGGGGUCACUGUACCAUGGGGAAAGGGCUCAGUGGGAACUGGCAACCCCUGCGCCUUCUUGCUCAGUGUCUCAAACUCUAGAAGUCAGGGAGCUGCAAACACUGUUGGAUACUGUGAAUUCAUUAAGAAGAAUGUUCAGGAGAAAGCAGGGGUCUAAUCCAAAAUAAAUGAAGUUAGGAAAUACUCCAAAACCCUUGAGUUCGUUAGGUCUGCUACCAGUUGAACUGUGACUGCAGGGAAUCCUAACAUCUCUAAAUCCAUCGAACCCCACAUUGAUUUGAUCACAGUUACCUUAUUAGCAUACCCCUAGAGAGCCUCCACCCCACCCCGCCCCCACAUUCAAGUGUUUUACUCAAAGCUGUAGCUUUUAGGAUAUGUGAGUAUGUCGAUCUUUAAUUCCUUUCUCAGAUUCUUAAACUAAAGGGAGCAGAUCCAGCCCCUCGCUCCCCUGUGUGUUGGCUGAGCUGCUCCCGCUCCACUGCUACCAUUCCUGCACACUGCCCACAUGCCUGUCGACGACUUGAUGAAGCAGUGUUGAUGUUCUGACUGUGGAAUUGUCCUCUCACUUGCAUACUUUAAUUUAAAACUAUUUAAAAGAACUGAGGUUCUGAUUAUUGUAUGUAUUUUUCUAAAACCAAAUAAAGCUACCUAUGAAA